AUGUUUCUCCUAGCAGUCCUAUGCCUAGUCGCAACCGCGCUGGCUGCUCCAGCCAUCCCAGCAGCACCACUAAUACCAGAGGAUUUCCGCAUACUGUCAUCCCCAUACAUCAAUUACCCGGACCCAACACGUUUCAUGAUGAUGAGAACCCUGGACAUGAAGAUCGAACCGGAGCCUAAGGAGGAGUACAUUGAGCCAGAGCUGUAUGAAGAGCCGAAAGAAGAGCUCCCUGAGCUGAUUGAAGAACCGAAGGAAGAACUCCCUGAGCUGAUUGAAGAGCCGAAGGAAGAGCUCCCUGAGCCGAUUGAAGAGCCGAAGGAAGAGCUCCCUGAGCUAAUUGAAGAACCGAAAGAAGAGCUCCCUGAGCUGAUUGAAGAACCGAAAGAAGAGCUCCCUGAACCGUACAAAGAGCCAAAGGAAGAACUCCUUGAGAUUGAAGAGCCAAAGGAAGAAUUACUAGAAGAACCAAAAAAGCCCCUACCUGAGCCCCCAAAAGCCCCAGAACUCCCCAAACUUGAGACCAAGCCUGAGCCCGUCCUGAUCAACCUGGAAGUCCCCAAGCCUCCAUCUUUCAUCUCCAACUUCAUCAACGCCUUCCCUAGCUUCAGCAGCAUCCCGUCUUACAUAAGCAACUGGUUCAGUUCUAGCCCCAAACCUACUAAGAUUUUGUAUUCUCCAAUGUACUAUACUGCUCCAAUGUACCCCGGUGCUGUGAUCGUUGAGGCACCUAAGCCUUAA